GUUUUUCACAACAAAAAAUGGCUCUAACACGAAGCAGCAUCAGGAGCAAGCUCCCUACGCUCGUUCUCGCAGCUCUAUCGGGCCCACGAUUGAAUGGGCCGAUGUGGCAGCGCCACUCCUCCUCCGACGCAGCAGCUGCUAGCGAGGCGGAGGUGGUCAAUUCGAGGCACGUGGGUUUGGAGUUGUUUGGAGGAGUGAAGGAGUAUGAGGAAUACAGGAGGUUUCUCUAUGGAGAAAUCACGCACAAGGCUCUUCUUGUCGAUGCUGCUGGUACGCUCCUCGUUCCUUCCCAACCUAUGGCUCAGGUCGCACCUCUUCUCCUCACGCAGACACCCACACACGCUAUUUAUAGACAAAUUGGUGAGAAAUAUGGCGUUGAGUACUCUGAGCAUGAGAUAUUGAACAGAUACAGAAGGGCAUAUGAGCAGCCUUGGGGCCGAUCACGACUAAGAUAUGUGAACGAUGGGAGGCCAUUCUGGCAAUUCAUAGUCAGUUCAUCCACUGGCUGUUCAGAUUCUCAGUACUUUGAAGAACUUUAUCACUAUUAUACUACUGACAAGGCUUGGCACCUUUGUGAUCCUGAAGCUGAGAAAGUGUUCAAGUCUCUAAGAAAUGCAGGUGUAAAGUUGGCUGUCGUGUCAAAUUUUGAUACUCGCCUGAGAUCUGUAUUGCGGGCUUUAAAUUGUGAGCAUUGGUUUGAUGCUGUGGUAGUUUCGGCAGAAGUAGCAGCUGAGAAGCCAAAUCCAACAAUAUUCCUGAAAGCUUGUGAGUUAUUAGGAGUAAACCCUGAGGAUGCUGUACAUGUAGGAGAUGAUCGCAGAAACGAUAUAUGGGGUGCCAGAGAUGCUGGUUGUGAUGCUUGGCUCUGGGGAAGUGAUGUUCACUCUUUCAAUGAGGUUGCUCAGCGAAUUGGGGUCCAGGUUUGAGACAACUUACCUUACACAAUAACACCGAUGUACAGGUCCCUUUAAGCUUUUUGUAAGAGGUGUAAAUUCUUCGACGAGGUCUUAAUUAAUAUGCAGGCUUUGGGGCUAUAACUAGUUUGGAAAGACUGAUAGAUGUAAUAUGUAAUGAGAUAACUACCUACCCUUUUUCUAUUCCAGAUAGUUGCUCUCUUUUGAAUGCUCCUCCGUUUCCCAAGUUUUGUUA